AUGCCUGCCACCCGCUCCGCUCGCUCAACUACCCCUCGCGAUACCCGCUCGACGUCGGCUGAGCAGAAACGCUCGCCUACGAAGCGUGGUUGUGUCUCGAAGGAACUCGAGGACGAGUCGAUCCCUGUCCUCCCUCCUUCGCCAAUAUCUCCCACUUUGCCGCUACCGCCGCCACGCACUCGCCGACGCCUGUCCAGACCGAAGGGCGCAAAGAAAGCUGGCAAGAACGCGCUUGGCGAGGCGUCGUCUCGUCUUCCCACUCCGCCUCGCACUCCUAACGACGCGACUUUCGACUUCCCCACUCCCUCCAUCGUCCCUUCCGCAUCCCACGACGCCUCCCUCACGCACCUGUGGCGCGACAUCGACCGUUUCAGCCUCUCGGCCCUUCUCGACCUCAUUCCUUCGCUCGCCGGCGAGACGGGCACUCACCCUGUUCCGCCGCUCCAUCCUUCCGCCUACAUGGCGCCCGUCUACCAGACACUCCUCUCCUUCGACGAGUGCAUCGCGACGUACUACCGCCACAAGAGCUGGCCGAAGCACGACUUUCCGGUCCUCGAGGCGAAGGCCAUCCCGUCCCGCCUCUCUUCCCCUCCUGCGCCAACGCUUCCGAGGACUCACCAGUACGAACUCGGCUUCUCCGACAACGGUCGUGCCGGAUUGCGCCUCGUCGUGCCCCAGCCCGCCUGCGGAGUCGCCUAA